AAACGCGGAUGAACAUCGUGGUUAGGCGUGGGGGAUUAAAUAAGAAUUAAAAUUUGCAUUUUUUUUUUAAAUGAACCGACUAGGCAUGUCCGGUUAUAAUUUCUACACGGUUUGAUGCAUUUGGACGCGCCGUACAGCAUAAAUAAAGGAAAUUCGGCUCCAUUUUGGAGAGAAACAGUUUUAAGCAGGCUAUGAACAAGUUAUGCCUCCGUUUGAUUGCAGUGUUUUGUGGAAAUCCAGCCUCAGUGCUCAGUGGUGCAUGCUUGCGCAGACUGAAAACCACUUCUGAUUGUAAUGCAAGUUCAGCUGGAGCGCCUUAUUGACAAACCUCGUCGCAUUGCCAAGUCGCUUUUUUUUCCCUGCACGCAUCCAUCGCAAAAAUCAGCACAGUCGGUGUUGAAAAUAAAGGAAGAAAUAUGAAUAAACAUUAAAAAAACCCGUCAGUGGGACAUCAGUGCUGCUGAAUGAGUAAAAACUCUCCACUUCCUGCAACAAAAAGGUUGUUUUUUCUCCCGUGGUGUUUGUGUGGAGCGUGCCACACACCCACUCCACAACAACGACGGCUUUUGCUUGCAUCUUCCAGUGUUUCUUCUGUCAGCAAGUUCAGCAGAGCUGCAACUCAUCCAGCGCCAGCGCAGACGAGCCCAGCGAGGAGAACCACGACUGUGAGAUGGUGAAGAUGACCAAGUCGAAAACCUUCCAGGCCUACCUGCCCAACUGCCACCGCACCUACAGCUGCAUCCACUGCCGAGCACACCUGGCCAACCAUGAUGAGCUCAUCUCAAAGUCAUUCCAAGGCAGCCAAGGACGAGCCUACCUCUUCAACUCAGUGGUGAAUGUGGGCUGCGGUCCAGCAGAGGAGAGGGUUCUCCUGACAGGUUUACACGCCGUGGCAGAUAUCUACUGUGAAAAUUGCAAAACCACUCUGGGCUGGAAAUACGAGCAUGCUUUCGAGAGCAGUCAGAAAUACAAAGAGGGAAAGUUCAUCAUCGAGUUGGCGCACAUGAUCAAGGACAACGGCUGGGAGUGACCGGCUUGUCCAUUUUCUUUGUGCUCAGUGACCUUUCGGGCCGCUCUGUAGCGGACUUCACAGAGUGACACCACACACAUACACACACCAACCCACACACACACACACACUCUACCAUUCUGCCACCACCAUGCUUUACCCCCCGACACAUUCAGACUCCCCAACCAGUGUUCUGAAACUCAGAAGGAGUGAUGUGAUAGAGGGAUGGGGAGCAGCAGAGGGGGGGAAAAACAAUGAGAUCUCACUCCUCCAUCAGCACUCACUCUCUUCCGAGAUGUAGACACCCGACUCGAGGAUUUGCUACGCCUCUCUAACUUUUGUGUCGCUGCACAUCGUGAGCAGUUAACAGUAUCUUGAAGACUUUUACUCUUUCAUGUUUUCAUUUUCAUCCUGUUUGCAGAAGCGAAUGACAAGGUGUGUGUGUGCGCGUGAGUGUAUUUCAUGUAGGAAUCCUUCCUGAUGGACUGAUGUUACUGGUUAGCAUUACUCUCAGAGACAGAUUUUCACUGAGCAUGCUCUUUUCUGUGUUGGGAUGGUGUUGGGUGGGGUGGGGUGGGAUGGGGUGAAUGGGGCGGGGUCAGUUAUGAUCGACAUGAAAUGUUUUACCUGGAGAUUUAUAGAAAGGGGUGUGGCUUAUGUAGCAGUAUCGCAGACCCUAUUGGACCAGGGAGGGUUUGAGGGUGGGGUUUGAGCUUUGCAGUGACAUUUUGUAUUUAUGAUAUAUCCCUAUACUUUAUCUAUCGUAUGUGAGAUUGAACUCCUUUUGAUUUUCUCGAUCUUUUCUCCCCCCCUCAGAUGACUUCACUGUGCAAUUUUUUGUGCGCCCCUCCGGUACAGUUUGUCCCCUGUCUUUAGCUGUAAUCGAUGCUUUAGGCGAGAUCAUUUAAAAAAAAAAAAAAAAAAAAAAGUGUUGCUUUUAGUGUUGAGGUGGCAUUUGUGGCAGGUUCCAUGUUUGCAUCAGUACUAUAAGUGAACUUGUGUAUUUUUUUUUGUUUGUUUGUUUUUGUUUUUGUUUUUUUUUAAAUGCUGUCUGAAACGCACUGGACAGCAGGGGAAAACUGAACCUAGAGUCUGUGAUCCACAGCACCACUUCCUCUCCUCACCUCACCUCUUCUCCCUCAUACAUCAAACUCAUCAUGUAGUUUUUCUGAUCACAUAAUCAAACAUUCUCAUGCAUAUGUUCGGACACGCAUGCAUGCGUCAGUGAGUGCGUGUGUGUUUUACUUGAAUGCAGUUAUUUUGUUUGCACUUUGCAGAGGCCUUGUUCGUGGGUUUAGAGGCAAAAAAUCUUUCAGUCCAGGUUCUCGUGGAUGAUUGUAGCUUUGGACGAACUUCAGGGUCAGGUGAUUGCUGGCAUGAUCAUCUCCCUCUUUUUUUUCUUUUCUAAAAGACUAGACAUUCUGCUGCUUACUUUUUGCUUCUGUUUCACAAGUUGGCGAAUUAAACCAUAACUGCAGAAACACUAGGAAUUUGGCCAAUUUGAUCAAGAAAAUGGAUAAGAAGCGGAAAUAAUGAUUAAAAAAGCAAAACGAAAGAAAAUUGAAGUGGUGCAUACUGAAAACGACGUAUUGCAAAGGAAAAAAGUGCUGCUAUUAGAAGAAUGCAAUCCGGAGCUUUCACUUUAUACCUCCUGCACUUUAGCUGUGUGAGCGUGUGUGUGUGAGCGUGUGCGCGUGGACGUGUGUACCUCCUCCUCCUCCACAUCUUUGCCUCUAAGCAGCAUGAACCUUGUGCCUCUCCAAAAGGACAAAAAAAAAAAGGUGAUUUUUCCCUUUCCUGUUGUGCAGUGCAUGACUCCAUGAUGAUAGAUUUCCUUCAGUGGCUCUACAUGGGUCAUAAAGAACCUCACAGAAAGUUUUAUCCACUUAAAACUAUAUUCAGAAGCAUAAUAUGAUCCGAUAUUUUUUUGUAGUAUAGCAGGUGAAAUUAGCACUUGUAUUAUGAGGUGGGGAUCGCGAAUGGGCGGAAUGGGUGGGUUAUUCGUUAUAACGGGAAGGGGCGGGCUUUCUUCCAGUAGCAAGCAGGGAGUUUGACGUUUAACUUAGAUUUCUAUCGAGUAUAAAUCAACAGAUUAUUGCAAAGUUUUUGGAGUUGAAUCAGUGGCAAACCCUCAGUUUAUCACAUUUAUCGCCAAUAAGGUCAGUCGGGUCACGUGACCUUUUGUUUUAAUCAGCCGAAGUCAAUGCAAAUGGGAAUAGUCGUAGAGAUCCUACUUGAAAACAGAGUUACAGACAAAUUAUUGUCCCUGUCUCAGAUUUUGUACAUAAAGUAACAUAUUUAAGGUUUUAUAUAUAUGAUAUAUAUACAUACAUACAUAUUUCUACUGGGUUAGUUCCUCUACUUCCCUGACUUGAAGCACUUUUGUUCACUGUACCUCUAGCUUUCUGUAUGUUUGUGUUUGUGUUUGAGACAGAAUGAGUGAAUGUGAGUUUUUUUUUGUUUGUUUGUUUUUUCCCUCUCUCAUUCAGAAGUAAGUUUUAUUCAUUUUUACUCUUCUAGCUCUCCCAUAUCCUUGCUUCUGUACUUCCUUUCGUUUGUUUUGUAGCUUGUUGAUGAUAAACGAGGCUAUUUAUUUGGAAUCUAAAGACUUGCUUUGCUGGUUUUCUCAGUAAGAGUGGGUCUGCUGGUCUUGGUUUAGCAUUGUGCUCAGUGGUGAGCUGGAUUCACCUGCCGAAACGUUCACAAUAAACAUCGACCGAGACCCGAUUCUCAAAAAAAAAAAAAAAAAAAAAAAACACAAAAAAACACAACAACCACGAACCUUUCUUAAGUUUCGGAACUCAAACAAGCUGAAGAUGAGUGAGACCAGUGUCACUGCUGUCAGUACGCACCUGUGAAUGUGGACUGCUGAAAACUCAAACCAAAAACAAAAAAACAAUAGCAAAGUUGUGCUAUUUCAAUUUUACUCAUAGUUCCAUCAUUUUUUUCAAAUACCUGAAUCAGCAGCUUAGUAUUGUUUGAUCUUUCUUUUUUUUUUUGUUUUUGGUUGUUGAAAUGUAUUUAAAUUUCCUCAUUUCUUCCCCACGCUUUGCCAUCUGUGUUAGUGACACUGGUUUCAAACCUUUAGUUUUAAAGCAUCACCGUUAUGCAGAGGAAACAGUUGGAAGUUUUGAAGAGUUAUUUUUCUUAGGACUGUUAUACUAUAAGGUCUGAAGCAUGUUGUAUUUAUAAAGGCUAUAUUAAGUCGUGCCUGUUUUAUUUUUCUUUCUCAAAGCAAAAAAAAAAGCAUAUGCUUUUUUCUUUUUACUUGAUUACAUUGCUUUGCAUUCUGUCCUAGUGAAAUGUCACAUGUCUGUUUUUCACUGUAUUGUAAACUAUCAGAUAUCACAAUAAAGCUUAAAUGGCA